GAGGAUCCCGGCGGCCAUUCCGCAGGCCUUCCCCGCUGAGGAAUUUUCUCGUGCUUUCCCGGAAUAGCAGCCAUCUCUUCCCUGUCAAGUUCUCGUCUUUUCUCUCUCAUUUGCCUGAUGAACAGAAGGAAGAGGAGAGACAUCAUCAGAAUAAUUCACUUCCUCCGUCAUCCUUCCUGCCCUCGACCACCAUCUUCUUCAUUUAUAUAACCUCGCAACCAGGAGCCAAUCAGUGUGAACAAUCUAAAUGAUGCUCAUAGUUGUGAAAGGGUUGAUGUCCAUAGCCAUCUCGUUUUCAUCCUAAUACAAAAACAACUAAUUAAGCUCUUAUUUAUUAUUUGAUGCUAUAAAAAGUAUCUAGCAAGUUUACCAAAGAUGGCUGUUAGUUUCAAGUAUUGGGAUGACUGCAUUGAUCCCCAAGAUAUGGAAGCAAUGUGGAUGGAUCAUGCAGUGAAAAGAGAGUGGGUUAAUGCUGGAGAGAAUAAAGGAUCAAAAGUACAUCUUUCACGAGAUCCAGAUGGACAGCCUUAUCUCACACAAAUUGAGAUGAAGGCUUUGGCGGGAAUUAUUGUUAGCAGGCACUUUAUUUCAAAGAUAGACUCGGAUAUGGUUUGUGCUAUAGCUGAACUUGAAAGUGACAGAAAGCCUCUAACCACAAGAUAUAACAAAAAGACAAAAGAAACUAGUAUUGGUAUCAUGCAAAUGUUGCCAAGGACAGCUAAUUGGUUGAUUAGUGACAUGGGCUACAAGAUGUAUCAAAUUGAACAGAAUUCAGACCUUUUGUACAGACCUUUUGUAAAUGUAUACCUUGGCGCUGCCUAUCUUAGUUGGUAUUCAAAAUACGAUCAAAUAGAAAGAAGUGAAGAGUUCAUAGUGAGGGCUUUCAAAGGUGGCCCAAAAAAGGCAACUGACAAAACGACAUUGGAUUAUUGGAAAAGAUAUCUUGCUGCUAAGGAAAGUCUUCCUUCCAGAAAAGUUUUUGACGUUGGUGUUGCCAUGAAUGACCCAUCAGCUUCUGUUGCUCCUAAUCACCAUCCAUCCUCAGCAUUCAGUACAGAGACAACAUGGGAAUCUAAAGCUUCACCUGAAGACAUGUUAGAAAUGUGGAAUAGUCCCAGUGUCAGCAAAGAGUGGAACAAAUCAGGCAACAAAAGAGAUAAAGUGCAUUUUUCACGUGAUGAUAAAAAGAGGCCAUAUUUAUCCCGCGUUGAGUUGAGGGCAGUAGCAGAAAUUAUUUUGUCAAAGCAUUUCAGCACUAGAGGAGUAAAGCCUACAAUUUUAUGUGCUAUUGCGGAAAUUGUUAGCAUGCGGUUUUUGAAUGGGGUUGGUCCACGACCAGGAAUAAUGGGUGUUGACUACCCUACAGCUUGCUGGCUCUACAAGGAUCUUGGUUACAAGGCAUAUAGAGUAGAGUGUGCUGAUGAUAUGACAAAGCCAUUUGUUUCCGUUUACUUUGGUGCAGCCUACAUGGUUUGGCUAUCACUUUAUGGAGGAAGGGAAAGGUCUCCACAGUUUGUUGUUCAGGCUUAUAUAGGUGGCCCGAAGAAUGUAAACCGGCAGGAAACAGGACCUGUACUGCUUAAGUUUGAAAAUGCAUUGAGCCGAUAUGAGGACAUGAAGAAGGAUCAAGAGGGCUGCAACAUUAUGUGAAUGUACAACUUUCCUCCUCGAUUCUGCUCGAAUCUACAGAAAGAAGAGUUGUUAUAAUUGUGUAAUGGUGAUUGUUCUAUGUAUAGCCAUUUUUCUUGUAUAUCCUUGGGAAGAUCAUAAAGAAAAAGUAAUACAAUAAUUUUUUAAUAAAAGAAAU